UCAAGGAAAGACAACUGGUGUUUAAUGAAACAGAGUAAAAGCCAGUAAUUGUGUUUGUAAAUGGCAGUUAAAGAAUUGUAUUUAUGUUGGCCUUUCUCUGCUGUGUCUUUCUAUAUCACUGCCUUUGUGUUUGCCCUCCAAAACUUCUACUCCAGGAUCUGGCUACUCAUUCUUAUUGAGCUAAAGCAAUGCAGAAGAGGUAUAAAUCCUCCUCUAGUUUUCUUUUUUUUUCUCUGUUUUUCUUCUGUGAUUUUUUUCUCUCUGUUUUUCUUUCCUGUUUAAUGAUAAUCUGUUCAUCAUGUUCUCAAAGUGUCUCAUUUUCUUUUAAGCUUUCAUUUAUGAGACAAUCUUUGGAAAAAGAUCAACAUUGAUCAAGAAAUUUCUGCUUUCUUUUAUGUGUCAAUCCAGCAAGGCACUCAGGAACUUUGUUUGAGAAUGAUGCUUUUGGUUGUGGAUUUAUUCUUUGCUUCAUAGGCUUACCUCUCUCUUUGUACUGCACAUCUACUGCUUGUUCCUUUCUGUGGGUUGCAGUCGCAAGAUGAAGAAGCCUCCCGUUUUCCCCAAAGAUAAAAAUGGGAACCGCCGUGCGAUUGGUUAUGAUGAUCUCCAGUCGGGCUUCCCAAAGAUCGUAGAAGAAGGAAGAAAUCAAGCAAAAGACAGAGAAUUCUCACUGCCAAAUUCUGACUCGUUCAGGAAGAAGGUGGGGAUGAAAGAAAGAAAGAACAAGACAUGGAAGAGGUCGCUAUCCUCCUGGUUCAAGUUUCAUCAGAAGAAGGCAGCAGAGGAAGCACCACCGACAACCAAGUUCGCCAAGGGCUCGAAUCCUUUGGAUACAGAGCGCAGUUUGUUCUCAGGUCCAUUGUUUGGAAAUAGUAGAAGAUUUGGAAUGGUUCAGCAACACAAUUGGCUCGCUGCUUCAGGACCUCUUGCUUGCUGCUUCACUCCUACAAGAGCAGAGGAAACUGAGGUGCCUUACAUGUACUUGGACAAUCAUAACAAUCCUGUGGGAACUCAGGCGUUUGGUCCUGUUUACCUGGUAACCUAAGCCAUGAAGAAGCUCACCUCAGAAGAACGCAAGCAUGAGUGCCACUUAUAUACGAGCUCAUGUGUGUGGUCGAUAGACUAUUGUUCCAUGACAGUGGAGGAACUGUGAGAGGUUGUCGUUCUUGUGGUUUUGCUGGUUUCACAGUUUCUGCUUGAAAUGCAUCAAUGAUCUUUAAACUGA